AAUGCGAUCGUUUUUGCUGAGGUUGGGGCAGACAAGGAGUUUACUAUCUGUAGAUCUUGUGAAUAUGGAUCUGGAAACAAUAUUGAUGAGGCAGACAAUAGGUGGGGCAGGCCAAAGGGCUUCAGUGACAUAGAAAAGGAGACUGUCCUGUCUUUUGAUUCAGAGAUUGAGAGGCAUAAUAAUGUAGCUGAGAUAGAUGGAAGAAUGCCUGCUGAAGCUUCUUGCAGAAAUGAUAUUGGUGGACGGAAAGCUAAGCAUGGAAAACAGAGUUUAAAAAAUAGGAGACUAUCUAUUGAGCACUGCCGAUUGAAGGGUUCAAGAGGAAAGACAUCAACUAUUGCUGCUGUAAAAGAUGAGAGUGAAUCAGUUGAAGUGAAGUAUAAAUCCAGGAGGAAUGAGAGAUCCAAUAAUAAGAGAGUCCAAUCCCUACAAAAUAAGAUGAUUCUUUCUUGUAGAGUCGUUAAAAACUCAAGAGAGCCUGGAAAUAAAAAGAUGAAAACAAAAUGGUUAAAAGGUGGAUCUGGAAGCAUUCAGACAAGGUCUAAUGUAAGGCUGAGAAAAUUGUCAAACCAUAAAGGCAAAUCUUCUGGCAGCAGUGUUCAGAGAAGGUGUAGUGGAAGACUGAGACAGUUGUCAAACUGUGGAUUAGACCCUUCAGGUUUGAUUGUUGAUUCUAGAAGGAAAAAGGGCCUGCAGAUUUAAUGUGCCACCAGUGCUGGAGGAGUGAUAGGAGUGGGGUUAUCAAUUGUGCCAAUUGCAAACGGAAGCGAUAUUGCUAUGAGUUCUUAACAAAAUGGUACCCAGACAAAACAAGAGAGGAGAUAGAGUUUUCCUGUCCCUUUUGCCUUGGUAAUUGCAAUUGUCGGUUGUGUUUGAAGGAGGCUGUAUCUGCAGAGGCUGCAAGUGUUGAAUCAGAUGCUUAUAUCAAUUUGCUGAAGUUGCUUUACUUGCUUAAGAAAAUUCUGCCUUUACUCCAGCAUAUCCAGCAAGAGCAGAGAUUGGAAAUGGAAAUAGAAUCUAGCUUACAUGGUUUACUGCUGACAGAAGAAAAUAUCAUGCAGUCGCAGAUUGAUGAUGAUGAUCGAGUGUAUUGUGACAACUGUAAUACAUCCAUCGUCAACUUGCACAGAAGUUGUCCUGAUCCUAAUUGUAGUUACGAUCUCUGUCUCACUUGUUGCAUGGAACUAAGAAGUGGACAUAACUGUGAAGAUGUUUCCACUAAUGAUGAUGAAGGACGGGCUGAUACCUCAUCUGAAUUUUCGUGGAAAGCAGAUGCCAGUGGUAGGAUUCCUUGCCCUCCAAAAUCAAGGGGAGGCUGUGGGACUACAAUUCUCUCAUUGAGACGCCUUUUUAAAGCUAAUUGGGCGAAUGAAUUGAUUGGGAAUGCAGAGGAACUUACCAUCAAAUAUGAGCCCCCUAAUGUUGAUUCUACUAAAGGUUGUUCAUUGUGCCAUAAUUUUAGGAUGGAUACAGUACAGGGUUUUGUAAGGCAGGCAGCUUCCAGAGGAAACUGUCAUGAUAAUUUGUUGUUCUGCCCAAAUGCUAUGCACAUGGGAGAUACAGAAUUCAAGCAUUUCCAGAUGCAUUGGACAAGCGGCGAGCCUGUUAUAGUUAGGAAUGCAUUUGAAAAGGCUAGGGGCCUUAGCUGGGAUCCAAUGGUGAUGUGGAGGGCUUUUAGGGGGGCUAAGAGGAUACUAAAAGAGGAGGCAACUGUGGUUAAAGCCAUUGACUGCUUAGAUUGGUGCGAGGUUGAAAUUAAUAUCCUCCAGUUCUUCAAGGGCUACCUUGAAGGUCGUAGGUAUAGAAAUGGGUGGCCUGAGAUGUUGAAGCUAAAGGAUUGGCCUCCAUCAAAUGCUUUCGAAGAGUGUUUGCCUAGGCAUGGUGCCGAGUUUAUAGCUGUGCUACCAUUUAGUGACUAUACUCAUCCCAAAUCUGGGAUUCUAAAUCUCACUACAAAGCUACCUGUUAUUUUAAAGCCAGAUUUGGGCCCCAAAACAUACAUUGCUUAUGGAUCUUUAGAAGAGCUUGGUAGAGGUGAUUCUGUAACAAAACUGCAUUGUGACAUCUCAGAUGCGGUCAAUAUAUUGACACAUACAGCUGAAGUAAAGAGACCAUCAUGGCAAAGAAAAGCCAUAAACAAAUUACGGGAAAAUCAUGAAGCUGAAGAUAUGCGCCCGAUCUAUGGCAUGAAGAAUGAAGCAUUGAGUACUUAUAGAAAAAAAGAAAAAUGGCACUGCCAAGAUAUAAGCAUGAGUUCUAAAAGCCCUAGAAAAGAAGACAUUAUUAUGGGAGAGUCUACUAUAAUUAAAAGUCAGGCAUCGGAGGAAGAGAAUAUGAAUGAACAGCAGAAUAGAUCCAGAGAUCUUGGAGCCUCAGGAGCAUAUAUAUAAGCUUCUUUCCUUGAAAAUGAUCUGUCUGAGACUCAAUAUGGGAGUGCUGUAUGGGACAUAUUUCGUAGGCAAGACGUGCCAAAGCUGACGGAGUACCUGAAGAAGCACUACAGAGAAUUCCGCCACAUAAAUAAUCUUCCAGUCAAUUCUAUAAUACAUCCAAUUCAUGACCAGACUCUUUAUCUAAACGAAAAACACAAAAAGCAGCUAAAGGAAGAAUUUGGUAUUGAACCGUGGACAUUUGAGCAACACGUUGGGGAGGCUGUUUUUAUUCCUGCAGGGUGCCCGCACCAAGUGAGGAAUAGACAAUCUUGCAUAAAAGUGGCUCUCGACUUUGUUUCACCUGAAAAUGUUCAAGAGUGCGUUCGAUUGACAAAGGAGUUUCGGGUGCUUCCAAAGAACCAUAGAUCUAAGGAAGAUAAACUGGAGGAACGUAAGAUGGCACUAUACGCUGCUGACGCGGCUAUAACUGAAGCCAUGAAAUUAAUGCAGAGGAUAUGAUUUGUGUAAGUGGGAGGCCAUUUUUUGAAGAAUUUGCUAUGGUCACAGUACUUACCUCUGCUAUGUUUUGUAUGACUGGCGGUUUUAUAUCUCCAUCAAUACAUGGAAUUUGGAUCUGCUGGAAAGUUCUGUAGCACCUAAUCUGGAGUGUAAAUAUGUAAUGCAUGGGAUUGCGUUUUGCGCUGCCGGGAUAGGAUGCACUGCCAACCUGAACUGAUUUUGAGUUUGAUCCCACCUUUGUGAAAAAGCACGGGCGGAUCUAGAGUGUUAU